AUGGAGCCCCGAGAGGAGGCGGCGGCGGGCGAGCCGGGCGAAGGCGGCGACUGGGGGGAGAAGGGGGAGCCGGGCGAGUGGGGCGGCCGGGGCGAGAAGGGUCCUUCCCGAGGCCUGCGGGGCGCCGAGAACGCCGAGUGGGGGGGAGGGGAGCAGCAGCCGCCGCCUCCGCCCCGCGGCCCUUCCCGGGCUGCUGCUUCUUCCUCCUCCUCCAAGGCGCGAGGCGACAAGGCCGAGCCGGGCGGGGAUGGAGCAGCGCCGCGGGGCCUGCGGGCGCUUCGCGAGGCGGACCGGGGCUCGUGGGGGGCCGAGGCGGGCGAGUGGGGGGAGCGCGGGCCGCCCUGGGCCGGGGACUCCGACCCCCCGUUGCCCCCCGAGGACUUCCUGCCGCCCCCCGAGUGCCCCGUCUUUGAGCCCAGCUGGGCCGAAUUCAGCGACCCCCUGGGUUACAUCGCCAAGAUACGGCCCAUCGCGGAGAAAAGUGGCAUCUGCAAGAUCCGCCCGCCUGCUGACUGGCAGCCUCCCUUUGCUGUGGAAGUGGAUAACUUCCGGUUUACCCCACGGAUACAGAGGCUCAAUGAAUUGGAGGCACAGACCAGGGUGAAACUUAACUAUCUGGACCAGAUUGCAAAGUUUUGGGAGAUCCAAGGCUCCUCACUGAAAAUCCCCAACGUAGAGAGGCGAAUCCUUGAUUUGUACAGCCUGAGCAAAAUCGUGAUGGAGGAAGGUGGAUACGAAGCCAUCUGCAAAGAUCGCCGGUGGGCACGAGUGGCCCAGCGCCUUUCCUAUCCGUCGGGAAAGAACAUUGGCUCUCUUCUUCGUUCCCACUAUGAGCGCAUCAUUUACCCUUACGAAAUGUACCAGUCGGGGGCCAACCUGGUGUGCAACACCCACCCAUUUGACAACGAAGAGAAGGACAAGGAGUAUAAGCCCCACAGCAUCCCCUUGCGCCAGUCAGUGCAGCCCUCGAAGUUCAACAGCUAUGGGCGCCGGGCCAAGCGUCUGCAGCAGGAGGAAGCCGAAUCGUGUCCUGAAUCUGUCAGCGCCCCACCUCUGUUACCUGAGCAGGCGCCUCGAGCAUGGCCAGAGCCGACAGAAGAAGACAUCGAAAAGAACCCGGAGCUGAAGAAGCUGCAGAUCUACGGCGCUGGCCCCAAAAUGAUGGGCUUGGGACUUGUGGCCAAAGACAAGAAUAUGCGCAAAAAAGACAAGGAGAUGCCGGAGUGUCCUCCUACGGUCAUCGUGAAAGAGGAGGCCCCCGUUCCUGAGACGAAGCUGGAGCCUAUCUCUCCCCGCGGCUAUGCAAGUAUGAAGGAGGAGCUGAGGCACAGCCCGGAGCCUUGCACCAAGAUGACGAUGCGCCUGCGUCGCAACCACAACACUCAGUUUAUUGAGUCUUACGUUUGUCGGAUCUGCGCGCGGGGGGACGAGGAUGACAAGCUGCUGCUGUGCGACGGCUGCGAUGACAACUACCACAUCUUCUGCCUCUUGCCACCCUUGCCCGAGAUCCCCAAAGGCGUCUGGAGGUGUCCCAAAUGUGUCAUGGCGGAAUGCAAGCGGCCCCCGGAGGCUUUUGGCUUUGAGCAGGCCACUCGGGAGUACACGCUGCAGAGCUUUGGAGAGAUGGCCGAUUCCUUCAAGGCCGACUACUUCAACAUGCCUGUACAUAUGGUGCCAACGGAAUUUGUGGAAAAGGAGUUCUGGCGCUUGGUGAACAGCAUAGAAGAGGACGUGACAGUGGAGUACGGGGCCGACAUCCAUUCCAAGGAGUUUGGAAGCGGCUUCCCCAUCAACGACGGCAAGAGGAAGCUCUCCCCCGAGGAGGAGGAAUAUGCGGCCAGCGGCUGGAACCUCAACGUGAUGCCCGUGCUGAAGCAGUCGGUGUUGUGCCACAUCAACGCCGACAUCUCAGGCAUGAAGGUGCCCUGGCUUUACGUGGGCAUGGUCUUCUCUGCUUUCUGCUGGCACAUCGAAGAUCAUUGGAGUUACUCCAUUAACUACCUCCAUUGGGGCGAGCCCAAGACCUGGUAUGGGGUCCCAUCCUUUGCGGCCGAACAUCUGGAAGACGUCAUGAAGAAACUAACCCCCGAACUGUUUGAGAGCCAGCCAGACUUGUUGCACCAGUUAGUGACGCUCAUGAAUCCCAACACGCUUAUGGCUCACGGAGUCCCAGUGGUCCGGACCAAUCAGUGCGCCGGAGAGUUUGUCAUCACCUUCCCUAGAGCCUAUCACAGCGGUUUCAACCAGGGCUACAACUUUGCAGAAGCCGUCAACUUCUGCACUGCGGAUUGGUUGCCAGCUGGUCGCCAGUGCAUCGAACACUACCGCCGUCUCCGCCGCUACUGCGUCUUCUCGCAUGAGGAGCUUAUCUGCAAGAUGGCCGCCUGCCCUGAGAAGCUGGACUUGAACUUGGCAGCUGCUGUGCAUAAGGAGAUGUUCAUCUUGGUGCAAGAGGAGCGCAAACUGCGGAAGGCUCUCCUUGACAAGGGUAUCACGGAGGCGGAGCGGGAGGCCUUUGAGCUGCUCCCGGAUGACGAGCGCCAGUGCGACAAAUGCAAGACAACCUGCUUCCUCUCCGCGCUGGCCUGCUACGAUUGCCCGGAUUGCCUCGUCUGCCUCUACCACAUCGACGACCUGUGCAAGUGCCCCAGCAGCAGGCAGUAUCUCAGGUAUCGGUACACCCUGGACGAACUCCCAACCAUGUUACACAAGUUGAAAGUUCGAGCGGAGUGCUUCGAUACAUGGGCUAACAAGGUCCGGAUUGCUCUGGAAGUCGAAGAUGGACGCAAGAGAACCUUGGAAGAGCUGCGUGCCUUGGAGUCAGAGGCGCGAGAGAGGAAGUUCCCCGAGAACGAGCUGCUCCACCGGCUCAAGUGCUGCCUGAGUGAAGCUGAGAAGUGUGUGUCGGAGGCCCUGGGCCUGUUAAGCAGCCAAGAAACCGGGGAAGCGGCAGUCCAUAUGACGGUGGAGGAACUGCGUGUCUUCCUGGAGCAAAUGAGCAACCUGCCCUGCGUCAUGCACCAGAUCGAGGAAGUCCAGGGCGUGCUGGAGAAAGUGGAGGCCUUCCAAGCAGACGUCCAGGAGGCCCUGCAGGAUCUGCCCGGCAACUCCCCGGAGCUUCACAAGCUGCUGGCCCAGGGAACACGGCUCGGGGUGGAAGUGCCCGAGAUGGAGCUGCUGGAGAGGCAGGUGCAGCAGGCGGUCUGGCUGGAGGAGGUGAAGCAGACGCUGCGCUCCCCCCAGGAGAAAGUUGCCCUCUCCGUCAUGCGGGCCCUCAUCACCUCGGGCCGUGGGGUGGCCCCCAGUCCCGCCGUGGACAAGGCCAUGGCUGAGCUGCAGGAGCUGCUGACCAUCGCCGAGCGCUGGGAGGAGAAGGCCCAGAUGUGCUUGGAAGCACGGCAGAAGCACCCGCCUGCCACCCUGGAGGCCAUCAUCAAGGAAGCCGAAAACAUUCCCGUGCACCUGCCCAACAUCCUGUCCCUCAAGGAGGCGCUCUCCAAAGCACAAGCUUGGAUCGCCGAUGUGGAGGAGAUUCAGAACGGGGACCAUUACCCCUGCUUGGACGACCUGGAGGGGCUCGUGGCUGUGGGCAGGGACUUGCCGGUCCGCUUGGAGGAGCUGCGUCACCUCGAGGUGCAAGUGGCCACCGCGCACUCCUGGCGGGAAAAAGCCUCCAAGACUUUCCUCAAGAAAAACUCCUGCUACACGUUGCUAGAGGUGCUGUGCCCGUGUGCCGACGCCGACUCGGACAGCGUCAAGCGCACCAAAUGGCAGCGGGAGAAGGAGCCGGGCCUGUACAAAUCCGACACGGAAAGCCUGGGCCUCUCGGCCCAAGACCUCAGAGACCCCGGUUCUGUGAUCCUGGCCUUCAAAGAAGGAGAGCAGAAGGAGAAAGCGGGGAUCCUCCGCCUUCGCCAGUCCAACGCUCAGAAGCCCGUGCCGUCAGCCCACAGCCCUCCCGGGGGCCAGUACUGCGUGUGUUGCCAGCCCCCGAGCCCCGCCAUGCUGCAGUGCGAACUGUGUCAGGACUGGUUCCACACCGCUUGUGUGGCUUGGCCCCACCUGGGCACCCCCCGCCCCUCUCCCGCGUGGUGGGAAUGGGAAGCCAAGUUCCUGUGCCCGCUGUGCCAGCGCUCCCGCCGGCCCCGCCUAGAGACCAUCCUGGCACUGCUCGUGGCUCUGCAGAAGCUGCCCGUGCGCCUGCCCGAGGGAGAAGCCCUGCAGUGCCUGACGGAACGAGCCAUCACGUGGCAGGACCGGGCCCGCCAGCUCCUCGCCUCCUCCGAAAUAGCAGCCGCUCUGGAGCGCUUGGCAGAGUUGCGGCAGCGGCUGCUCGGGGACUCAGUCAAGGAGGCGGGAGCCCUCAAAGAGAGCAGCUGCAAUGAACAGACCAAGGUUUCCUUGGAGAACGGAGACUCUACGGCCCCAGAGAAGAACAGCUCCUGUGCCUCAGACCUGGAGACGCUCUGCUCAUACCUGCCGCAGCUGCAGGGUCCCGUGUUGGAGCUGCCGGAGGCCGCCUGUCUCUCCGUGAAGGAGCUGCUAAUGGAGGGGGACCUUCUGGAGGUGACGCUGGAUGAGAGCCAGACCAUGUGGCGCUUGCUGCAGGCCGCCUGCGCCCCCCACCUCGACAAAUUCCGCCAGCUGCUUGAUCUGGAGCAAGCUGAACGACGCGCCACCCGUGCGCGAGGCCGAGACAUGGAGCGGCGGCGGAAACGCAAGACUGAGCGCAGCGACUACCCGACCCUGCCCAAGGAGGAACUAGAGCCAAAGAAGAUCCGGGGGACAGACUCAGCGCUGCCCCAGGGUGGGGCUCCCCCCGCAGCGGGCACAGAUUGCGGCCACAAUGGAGUUGGGUUGUGACGGCUGGAAGACGCCUGGAUUUCUCCUUCCUGGACUGUACUGCACUGCAAGGGACUCUGGCAGCCCCAUGUCAACCCGUCGGUUUGACUCGCACUCUGCAUGGGGGGCACCCAGCCCCGGAAGCUGGGGGGGCGGGCUGCAGCUUCCCCCCACCCCUCCUCUGGGACUCCGCACUGGCCCUGCACCAGACUCUUUUCAGACGAUGUAAUAUUUUCAUUUUUUCUUUCCCCCCUCCUCCUUUUGUACUGUUGAUACCUCGGCAGGGGGAAAGGCGUGGCGGCGGGGGGGGGAGAGAAGGGGUCACCACGGUUGCCGGCGCAGGGCCCACCCCUUUCCGUCUAGGCGGAAGCAGUCGAGAGCGCCGCCCUCCCUGCUGCAGUGAGGACUAGAGCCUUGCAAGGGGACUGCCAGCGGGGUGCCCCAAGCUCCUCUCUUCGGGCAGCGAAAGGAGCCGGGCCCCCUCCGGAGGGAGGGCAGCAUCCUGCUCCUCAUACCAGCAUUCCCUGGACACAGAUGGGAACGGCGCCCCCUGUUGGACAGAGGGGCAGCUGUCCCGAAACACACCUUGAACCCCCGUUACCUGUUGGGUUUUAUAGGAAUUGGGGUAACCACUUUGUUCUUUUUUGGGGAGGGGGUGGCGGAAAGGGGCAAAGGAUCUUCUAGUCCCACUCCAGCCUCUCAUCCGCCCUCACCUUCCCACCCCCAAACUGUGCCCCCCCCCAAGGCUGCCUCAGGCUCUGACACUAAAGUCUUUUGUCUCUCUUUUUAGUGUUUUUUCCUUUAUUUUUCUCCAGCAGGGGGAGGGUGGGCUGUUGGGGGUAGGGCAGGGUGUGUUAUUUUAUUGUAUUAUGAUUUUUUAUUAUUAUUAAACUUUGGAGGUUACAGAA